CACCGAUCCGUCGUAAAUACGUAAAUAGCUAAAAAAGAUUGUUUUUAAUUUUAAGUUUGGACGAUUUAGGUCAUUUUAGAUCUGGAGACCAGACAGUAUUAUACAUUAUAGGCCCUACUGACAACAAAGAUGGAUGCAGAUCUGUAUGAUGAAUUUGGAAAUUAUAUUGGCCCAGAAUUAGACAGUGAUGAUGCAGAGGAAGAAGAAGAAGACCAAGAUGAUGAUGAUGAUGACUAUGCUGAUAGAGAUGAGGAAGAUGAUAUGGAUCAGGAUGAUGCAGAUCAUCAAGCUGAAAUGCAGGUUGUUCUUCAUGAAGAUAAAAAAUAUUACCCUACACCAGAAGAAGUGUAUGGACCCGAUGUUGAAACCAUCGUCCAGGAAGAAGACACUCAGCCUUUAACAGAGCCCAUUAUUGCACCUGUAAAAAAGAAGAAGUUCAGCAUGGUGGAACAAAAUUUACCAACUACAAUUUACAACAUGGAAUUUCUUGCUGACUUGAUGGAUUGCCCUAAUCUUGUUAGAAAUGUUACACUUUGUGGUCAUCUUCAUCAUGGCAAAACUUCAUUUGUAGAUUGCUUAAUGGAACAGACUCACCCAGAAAUUGUUGGUGAUUAUGAUUCUGAUAUGAGGUACACAGAUACUCUGUUUACUGAACAGGAGAGAGGUGUCAGCAUCAAAUCUACACCUGUGACACUAGUACUACCUGACACCAAAGCAAAAUCUUUUUUGCUCAAUAUCAUGGAUACACCAGGCCAUGUCAAUUUUUCUGAUGAAGUAACAGCAGCUUUUAGGCUGAGUGAUGGUGUUGUUGUUUUUAUAGAUGCAGCUGAAGGGAUGAUGUUAAACACUGAGCGCCUGAUCAAGCAUGCUAUGCAGGAAAGAUUGUCUAUGACAAUUUGCAUCAACAAAAUUGAUAGACUUGUGCUGGAACUAAAACUUCCACCAGCUGAUGCUUAUUUUAAACUUAGACAAAUUAUUGACGAAGUCAACGCCAUAAUCAGUCUCUAUGCUGAAGAUGAUCCAAAUCAAAUGGUUUCUCCACUGCUUGGCAACGUCUGUUUUGCUAGUUCAUACUAUAGAUUCUGCUUUACACUGAAGUCAUUUGCAAAUAUAUAUGCAGAGACAUAUGAGGGCAUUAAUGAUAAAGAAUUUGCAAGAAGACUGUGGGGUGACAUUUACUUCAACAGCAAGACGAGGAAGUUUUCUAAGAAACCACCAACUACUUCUUCUUCUAGAAGUUUUGUAGAGUUUAUCCUUGAGCCACUUUAUAAAAUAUUUUCGCAGAUUGUUGGGGAUGUAGAUGAAAGUCUUCCAAGAGUGUGUGAUGAGUUGGGAAUUCAUUUGUCGAAGGAAGAACAAAAACUGAAUAUAAGACCAUUGCUAAGACUCGUGUGUAGAAGAUUUUUUGGCGAUUUUACUGGUUUUGUAGACAUGUGUGUAGAGCACAUCCCAUCACCUGUAGAAAAUGCCAAAAGAAAAAUUGAACACAUCUACACAGGAGCAAUGGACUCUGAUUUGGCAGAAGAAAUGUUACAGUGUGAAGCUGAGGGACCUCUGAUGGUACAUACAACAAAACUUUAUCCCACUGAAGAUGGCACAAGUUUUCAUGUAUUUGGUAGGGUCAUGAGUGGGACCCUGUAUGCUAAUCAAGAAGUUCGUAUUCUGGGUGAAAACUAUACAUUACAGGAUGAAGAAGAUUCUAGGCUUGGUCAAGUUGGGCGACUUUGGAUUGCUGAAGCUAGGUACAAAAUUGAAGUCAGUAGAGUUUCCUGUGGUAACUGGAUUUUGAUUGAAGGUGUUGACCAGCCUAUCGUUAAGACAUCAACUAUUGUAGAUGUAUCCGGGCAUGAAGAGGUUUACAUAUUUCGACCUCUGAAGUUCAAUACUGCUAGUGUCAUUAAAAUAGCUGUUGAACCUGUCAACCCAUCAGAGUUGCCUAAAAUGUUGGAUGGCUUGCGUAAAGUAAACAAAAGUUACCCACUGCUCACUACUAAGGUUGAAGAAUCGGGGGAACAUGUUGUACUUGGUACUGGUGAAUUGUACUUGGAUUGUGUCAUGCAUGAUUUGCGUAGGAUGUAUUCAGAAAUAGACAUCAAAGUAGCGGAUCCUGUGGUUGCCUUCUGUGAGACAGUCGUGGAAACAUCAUCACUCAAGUGCUUUGCUGAGACUCCUAACAAAAAAAACAAAUUGACUAUGAUUGCUGAACCUCUGGAGAAAGGUCUUGCUGAAGAUAUUGAAAAUGAAGUUGUUCAAAUCACUUGGCCAAGAAAAAAGUUGGGUGAAUUUUUCCAGACAAAAUAUGAUUGGGAUUUGCUGGCAGCUCGUUCUAUUUGGGCUUUUGGUCCAGAUUCAACCGGGCCUAACAUUCUAGUAGAUGACACCCUGCCCUCUGAGGUUGACAAAAAUCUUUUGGUUACUGUGAAAGACAGUAUUGUACAGGGAUUCCAGUGGGCAACGCGUGAAGGACCGCUGUGUGAUGAACCCAUAAGAAACGUAAAAUUCAAGAUUCUGGAUGCUACAAUAGCUCAAGAGCCAAUACACAGAGGUGGAGGACAAAUCAUUCCUACAGCCAGAAGAGUUGCUUAUUCAGCUUUUCUUAUGGCUACACCUCGUAUGAUGGAACCUUAUUUAUUUGUGCAAGUUAUGGCACCUGCCGAUUGCGUAUCUGCUGUUUAUACUGUUCUGGCUAAAAGAAGAGGUCAUGUGACUCAAGACGCCCCAGUACCAGGUUCACCACUAUACACCAUAAAAGCUUUUCUCCCAGCAAUAGAUUCUUUUGGUUUUGAAACAGAUCUGAGAACUCAUACACAAGGCCAGGCAUUCUGUCUGUCUGUUUUCCACCAUUGGCAGAUUGUUCCUGGAGAUCCCCUUGAUAAAUCUCUCCAUAUUCGACCAUUGGAAGCACAACCUGCGAAUUAUCUGGCCCGAGAAUUCAUGAUAAAGACACGCAGGAGAAAGGGCCUGAGUGAGGAUGUAAGUAUCAACAAAUUUUUCGAUGAUCCUAUGUUGCUGGAGUUGGCUAAACAGGAUGUCAUGUUGAAUUACCCUAUGUAAAAAUGUACAUUUCCAUUGUUUCUGUCCAUUUUUGUAGGUUAAAAUUUUUUCAUAUGCUACUAAAUAAAGGUCUGGUUAAUUAAGUAUAAUGAAAGAUCAGAGCAAGCAGUUUGAUAUUUUUUUAUGAAAUGACUAUUACUGUAUUAUUUUAAGUUGUUCACUUGUUGGUACUUAGUAAAGAUGUGCUUGAUAAAAAAUGUUGAAAGAGACAUUAGGCAACUCGAUGUUGACUUCUAAUGGUGUAGAAAUUAGUAGGAUGAUCAUUUAAGCUGUGUUUUAAUAGUGUUAAUUCUUUCAUGUAUUUCUUUGAACACUUUAUUGUAUUACACCUAUUUGAAGCAGUUACUACUAAAAUGUUAAGAAUGACGAUAAGUAAAUCCAUCAUAGUAAAUAUAUUCCAAAUCAGUUAUUAUAAUUCUUUUCAUUAAAUUUGUAUCAUAAUAAAAGGUUUAAUAUAGAGUUUAGUUAUCUUUUAGUUGAAUAGAAAAACGCAGAGAACAUAGUAAUGGUAAUUGUUUAAAUUGUUUUUUUUUUAAUUGUUAUAUUUUUAAAUGCAAAUAUUGUUUUGUACUUCUU